UUCUUUUGAGCAGCAGCAGCAGGAAGCACCCAACACCCGGAUCUGGUAGAACCGGAUCCAACACGAGCGAUCGAAGCAGCAGCAGCUUCAGCCGCAGCAGCAGCAGUAGCGAAAUAAUCAUCAGCAGCAUCAUCAUCAUCAGCAGCAGAAGUCGCCAGCGAGGAGAGAGGAGAGAGUUGUGGUGAAUUUCGCGCGACUCCACGAGUCUCGACUUGAGUAGAGAUCGUCCGUACGGACCUCUCCUCCUCGUACUUGGUCAUCGACAUCAUCAUCGGCAGCAGCAGCAGAAAGGAGACAUCGUCGUAGCGUGAAAGCAGCAGCAGCAGCAACCAUGAGGACCUCAUCAUCUUCACGUAGAUUGACGUUCGCUAUUGUCGCCUUCUCUCUGCUCUUCCAAUCGGUGCUGCCGGCGGAAGAUGACGUCUUUCUAGAACCCCAGCAGGAGGGCUCCGGCAACUUCUUGGACGACGAAAACUCCUUCGACGACGACGACACGGAGGGCUCCGCGUCUGGUGAGCAGCGCAACGGCUCCAUUUCCGUGGUGAGCAAACGUCCAGUGACAGAGGCCCCGUCGCGCGUGCGCCUGGACAACAACCUCGGGUACGGCCGCAACGCGGUGGAGAUCGCGACGAGCGCCCCGCCCCCGUCCUUGAGCAGCAACAUCGAGAAGUCCAACAGCCAGGGCCAAGGCUUCUUCGACAAGACGGAGGUCUUGGCGGCGGUGAUUGCCGGCGGCGCGGUCGGCAUCUUGCUGGCGGUGCUGCUCGUGGUGCUGCUCGUCCACCGCCUCAAGAAGAAGGACGCCGGCAGCUACGCGCUGGAGCAGAACAAGUCCUACCAGGCCGGAUAUCAGAAGGCGCCGCCGCAAGAGAUCUACGCCUAGGCUCGAGCCUCCCGCACUCCGCGCUCACGCAGCACUCACUCGCACCUCACUCACCAGACUUUCACGUCACUUUCACGUCACUCGCACCUCACUCUCACCUCACUCGCACCUUACUCACACCUCACUCGCAUUAGUAUCCCACCUGAGGGGAACGGCCCCAGCAGCCUUGGUCUCUAGGCCCAGGCCCUGCGUUCUGAGUACUGCUGUAGAGGCACAGAACUCGCUCAUUGUCCGGUCACGUAAAAUUCACCUCGUCUAUUCACUGCUGGAUGAAGGUAUCCUCAAACCGUUGUCACGGUCACACGAUGCACCAUAGCCGAUUCCAUCGCCCCCAUCUCUGCGUGGAUGCCCUCUCUGGCCCGUUCCCUCUUUUACCUGCAAUUCCUUCUUCCUAGCCCCCGCCGCCGGCCGUCAUCCCUUCUCGAGACGCUGCGGUGUCCUUCUCGAGACGUGUCAGGCCACGAGGUUAAUAACCUGCGGCAGGGGGAUGCGCAAUCCGCCGCAACAUUAUUUUACGCCGCGUCAAAUUUGGCUUCAAUCGCUGCUCAGUGUUCCCAGUCGGUCGGCGUGCCGCCUUAAUCUGUAACGAAGCCAGAUUCGUCGCCGUGUCUUUACCUGCACGCCGUGGAGUUGCAAUUCAAAGAGGGCCCCCCCCCUACCCUGUUUCACGCGAGAGGCCGCUGGUCCCUCAGAAAGCCGUUGGCUACUCGGCCUCAGCCUCUAAGCAUCAGCGAACAGACCUUGGCCUUCGCAAUCGGACCUCAGCCUAAGGAACCUUACCCUGGCCGCGGUCUAGCCAGCGACCCGGGCUUUUGACGAGAGAAUCGAACGACGCGAGUUUGGUCGGCCGUCACAAUCGGACGUCUGGCAAUUCCCGUGCACCCUUCCGAAAAGCGUCAGCUCUGGUCGGGGAGGGAUCGUACGUCGGCGUGGACGCAGGGAGGAAUGGAGGUGGGGGGGGGAAGCUUGUGCCUUCUUUCGUUCUACGCUUGUAAAUGCCAUCCGCGUCGUAUAACUGCUUGGUGUUCGUUCAAAGUCACUAGAUGUUCGGUUUGUCCGUGUUCCUCUCUUUCCUGCCUCUCCCCAAGUCGUUAUUGGCUACCUUGGCCUCCCUCGUUCGGGGGUCCUGAUUAACCAGUCGGCGUCGCUGUCUUCACACCUCCCUAAUCCACCUCUCCCGAACUUUAAAGCUACCAAAUGUCUGGGAGGCUCAACCAGGACGCACGGUGGGCUGAGAGCCAGGCCCCUCCCUCUGCCAGCAGCCCCGUCCCCCCCUCCUCAGGUAGCCCCGCCCCUUAGCCUGCUGCAUUGUGGGUCGCGCGUGAGGCCAGUGUUAAAACCGGCGACUGAAUCCCAACUUUCCCCAACGUUGUAGGGGGGACACCAGUAGCACCAGGACUGACCCGGGCAAACCUGGACAUUUGGUAGCUUUACUCGGCACACCUUCCUAACUUACCUCGCCACCCUAACUUCCCUAACUAGCCACACCACCCUACCUCACCUCACCUCACUCACCUCGCCUCCCUCACCUCGCCUCCCUAACUCACCACGCCCUCCCCACUGCUUCACCUCAGCCGCUGGUGUUCGGAGGUGCGACGCCGCUCGUACACAAACCGGCCGCCAUGGGAGAGCAAAACACUGCUCGCGUCACCGCGACGUUGUCACCGCAAUGUCGUUAUCGCGUCAUCGUUGUAGGCACGACGUCGUCACUGCGAUGUCACGGUGACGUCACAGCGACGUCACCGCGUCGUCACGGCGACGUCACCGACGUCACGAGCGGCAGUCGUGCAGCUAUGCAAGGAAAAGGGGGAGAGAUAUACAGUGUGUGUGCGCGCGCGUGUGUUGUUGUGUGUGUGUGUGUGGUUUUAACUCUUGAGGUACACGAUCGUGAUUAACACGGACAAACAAAGGUACGCUUUCGCCGGACAACUCGAGGUACGAGCGGACGGCCGGGCCCCGUGACGCGUCGUCGCAGUCGUGUCUCCUCCGUCUGCCGCUCUCCGCUCGCCCCUCCUCACCGCGUCGUGUCGCCGGUCCGCUCUGCUGGCCGUGACAACGGCGUGCCGGUCGGUAAUCUCCCGGUGUUCGUACGCGGGGUCCGGGCGGUGGGCGAUGGGUGGUGGGCGGUGGGCGGUGGGAUGGGGAGGGAAAAGAUUUCCGCGGAAUAAUUUCGCCGGCCCGGCUUGGCACUGUGCGCGUACGCACACCGUUCAAACGUCUUACCAUCGAAGAGUUCCGGAAAGAUUCCGUGCGCGUUGUUCUUCCUUUCGGAAGCCUGCCGACCCGGCGGAUGUUUUUUUGGAAAUCCAGGUGUUGGGGGUUGUCUCGAAGGCUCACUUUUACUGCCCUCUUUCCAUCGCCUCUCCCGACGUUCUUUGCACCGCCCCUGGCAAACUUCCAAGCGGUACGGUUAAAGGGGGUGGACUCUCUUAAUCAUAGUUAACUCUAGCUGCAAUAAGAAUAUUUUAAGCCGGCAACUAUUAAAGAAAGUGGUUAAACGUACGUUUUAUUUUUUAAUUCAUUUACUUAAGCAACAAGAUUGAUUGUAAUUGUAUUAUUAUUGUUUAUUAUUAUUAAUCUCGAGGCAAAUGUCUCAUCUCAACUUCAUGGUGUAAAAUUCCUGAUGAUAAUAAUCUGUAACAUUCUGACGAUAGCUCUAAGUGUCAGCUCUACAUAGGAUGAUUGUAAAACAUUAUUUUUGGUGUUUAUUUUGUCGAUCCCGUUGCAUUACAUUUUAUCGCUCUCUCUCUCUCUCGCGCGUGUCGUCUGGUGCACCACGUACUGUAGUCCCACUCGGUUCCCUCUUCUGAUUCUUUUCCACCGGACAAUUGCGAGCCGUGCCCGGGCCUAGCUCAGGAGGCCCCCCCUGGGGUUGUUUUUCCACUGCGGGAACCCGAGCUGAUGCCACUAACGUGUCACACGCUACGCUUGUCGAAUAAUUAACCCUGCCCCCUGGCCCUGCUUGGCCCCUCACCGAGCAAAAAUUCAGAGUUUUUAAGUUGAGGAGACAGGGGGGUGGUCCCACCUUCGGCAAUGCUUAACCACAGAUUUCCCUCGCCGUAGUUUUAGGUUGAGUAUACAUUUGUCACAGGGGUGAUCCAUUUGCCCAGCUAUUUUAACAAGGGAGCAACAGAAACAAUAUUCUCUUUUUAAAAAAAAUGUAUUAGAAAAACACGCGAGCCCGACCACACCGCGCCGAAAGGCAUGGGGGAACACACAAACAAACAAAUCUUCUUGUGAGGCCAGUGUGCCAAGGCUUGGGUUCUGGCUCGGCUCGGAAAAAAAAAUCAGCCGCAACCGUGGAGUUGCCUGCGUGUGUAGGUGUGCCGGUGGGAAAAUAAAUAAAACGGUUGUGAGUGUGACCGCACCCCCCCCCCUGCCCCCCGCAGUACGUGCCCCCCCCCCUCCCACCACUUUGCGGUUGGGACGCAAUCAUCGCGUCAAGCAUGAAGUAACCUUUGACUCUACGUUCUCCCUUUGUUCUUCCUCUUAAGUACGAGGCGGGGAGUAGGAAGUGGUCGCCAGCACAUUGAUACUCGGCAACGUGGUUCUGGGCGGCACGACCGUUCCAGCCCUUCCUCGAAUGUGGGUGGCAGAUUUUUAAAAUUAAUAAAUAAACAAUUGGCUGUCACAAGACCUCGCACACGAACUGGGCUCUGGCUCAUGUUUUAAUUCGCCAAAAUGCCAGCGGCGGCGAGUUCUGCGUUUUUAAUAAUUCACGCGGCUCUCGAACCGGUUGAGGAGUCCAUGGCCUUGGCGGUCGCGUGCGCAGGCGGUGCAACUGCGCAGGAUGGGUUGGUGGUGGUUGUGGGGGCCCAACAGAUGCCAGUCUACAAAGAGGAGGCAAUUUGAAAGAGGGUGGUGGGGGGGCUCAUUUCAUUCCUUGUACCAGGGCCCAUGCCAACCUCUCGCCUUGUCACGGGUUGGACCGCCACCCCAAGGGACUUGUUGCUACGGGCGCUUUGCCUGCGACGCGCGGGGAAAUAUUCGCGUGUGGGACGACUCUGGCAGCUGUGUGACGAAGCGUGGUUGGCCAAGAGUUGAACAUCGGUACAAGCCUCGUCGCGUUCAACAUUUAACAAUGGAAAUUGUCGACAUUAACGCCUUUCAUCGUUAAGAUGUUGAUUAAUAUCGUUCUUCCCAGUAAAUGCAUUUUCCUUUUUUUGGUACUAUGUAUA